AUGAGCGAACAGUACCAAUUUGGCUUUUACGAAAAUACCAUGAAAGGACAAUUCAGGGAUUACGAAACGCAUUCAGACGUUUCUUGCAAAAUCGGAUAUAGCGACUCCGAAUCGGAAGGAGUGGCAUCCAUUAAGGACGUACCCUAUUAUGCAUAUAACUAUAAUUUGAACAAUUCUAAAAAGGAGAAAUUAGAAAAACCCGUUUGGAAAAGUAUCUAUGACAUUGAGGAGACAACCAAAAAUUCGUUCUCCGAUUAUGAGUAUAACAAGAAUGAACAGUGUGACAGUGGAGUGGAGUCCCCAAGGUUUGGGAACACGUCGGGGGAGGAAGACACAGAGGAGCAGUUCCAUCUAAACGGGGGAGAAGAUCCGUAUGCGGAGGUUCAGGAAGAUGGCAAAAUCGGCGAAGUUACUCUGAUGGGAAGAGCCAACCAAAUGGAGGACACCGAUGAAGACGAGUGGGGAAAGGAACAAACCAAGACAGCUAAUCGUCCUCAAAAUUUAUACGCACACAUGAAAGGAGAUGGUCAAAUAGGGGCACUUCCUUUUAGGGAAACAUUUGGGAACUUUUUCAAUGAAGGUACACACAUUGGGAACCACCUCAGUUAUAACUUUAGAAAAGAAUUUGAAAAUAAUAUGUACAACAAUUUAAGCGCCUUCAAACGUUCACAGAAUAAGUUUUCUGUAGACGAUGGGGAUGAUGCGUCUAGGCAUUUCCUGAAGCCCAAGACGUUUAAGGACAGCAAUGGGUUAUUUGAUGACUUGGGUGAGGAAAAGCUAGACAUUGGGUUUUUGAGAAAGGAGCAUGAGAAGCUAAUGAAGGAGGGGGGGUCGUUUAAGGUGGUGAAUAAUGGCAACGCGGCUAAAGUGGUAACUACGGGGAAAAGACCAAAUGGCUAUCCCACCACAGGACAGUCCCUCCACAAUCCCAAUGCCCCCAAACAGAAGAGCAAACAGAAUGGCAGCAAAUUGAAAAAGAAACACACACUCCAGUAUGCUGUAAACAGUGUGGAUAAAAACUCCUCCUUAUCGUCUGGCAACAGCACGUCAGAUACGUACGAACAGGAUUUUGUAGGCAAAAGGAAGGUCCACUUUAAGGGUGACGAAAUGGGCAAAGAGGAUGUCGACGACGCCGAGGAGGAGGAGGUAGAUAAUGAAGCGGAUCAUGAAGAAUUAGACGAAGAGUCGGAAGAAGCAGACCAAGACACGGACGACGUGGAUGACGAGAUGGAUGACAACACGGACGAUAGUCUGGAGCAGCAAGAACACACCGCCGAUCCUCUAACGUGGAAAGAAAAAAGAGGACAUGCUAACACGAGGGGGGAAAAGAACGCCUGGAAGGAGCAUACUGAGGAAGGAGAUGACCCAUACGAGAAGAAAACUGGGACUACACCGAGUCGAAGCGGCGCAGAAAGUGAGAGCAAACCGUUGAAGGAGGAAGCAGACGAAAAUCGCAUGAAUGAACACAUUGCGAAACAAAUUGACUUUGAGUGGUGGAAGGUUAACGAAAAAACGAACAAUCAAAACGACAUGGCAAAGUCACAGGAGGGAAGUGACAAAAAGGGAAGGAUAUUAAAUCGUUAUGAAAUACCAAAGGAUAUCUCCUACUAUGUGGAAAGGUAUCAAAGGAGAAAGGAAGGAAAUAAUACAGAUCGUAGUGAUGACACCGAGAAGGAUAAACAAGAGAGGAUGGAAGAUUCAUCCGAGGAGGCCUCUACCGAUGGGAAGAGUAACCCUAGUGGUCACAUCAGUAAAGAGGACUUCAAAGUAGGGGGGAUGCACCAUAAGAAUAUUGAGCAGGUUAGUAGUUCCCCAUUUUUAAGUGAACAAAUGGGGGAAGUGCACAAUGCAGAAGAUGCAGAUGAUACGGGAGAACCAACGGGAGAAGAGUCACAAAAUGGAGACGUCUUCACCGAAGGGAGGUCUUCGUCUUAUUCCCCCACUGAUGGUAUCAAAACGGUCAUGCAUAAUGACCAAAUGGAAACAGGUCCAUUUGAAAUUUUUAAUCAAAGGAAGGAACCCUACUUUAAUAAAAGGAGCACAAAAGGGAAUGAAGUACAUACAGGUGUUGACAUUGGAGGGGGGGGUUCACCAGGUGACUAUUUUUCUUAUGAUGAGAAGACAGGGGAAAGAACUAUUUUGAACAUAUCACCAGAGGACAGUUUGGACAGGAAGAACUAUCCAAUGGAUGGGACCUCUCCCUCCAUGGACGAAAUAUAUGAUAAAAUAAACGCCCACUUUGGAACAGGUAUGAACAGCAAGAAUUACGUGCAGAUUAUGGCGGAGGGCAUUCAUAGCGGAAAUAAAAAUAUUCGUACAAAUCUGGAAGGAUCAAAGAAUGGACCCUUUUUGGAAGAAGAGAAAAAAGAAAAAAUGGAUAUUUUUUUAAACUACUUAAAAUGCAUCGAUGGGGAUUCAUUAAAUAAGGCCUUCCAAUACUUCGUCGAGAAGGAGAAUGACGAAAGUGUGAGGAAACAACUGGAAAUGUGCCUAAUGGGGAAGGAAAAGGAGGGGACGGCGAAUAAAGGCACACUGACUGAUGAACAAACAAGCACCCUCGUGGUGAGCAAUCAAAACACACAAACGGUUAGCGCGAGUUUGAAAAAUGAACAAGUGCAGACGAACAGUAAGGGAGGAAACAUGGAGGACAAUUUUAUGCAAACGGAUAUAAAAGAUGUUAACACAAAAUUGUAUGUUAAAAAUGAGAUGAUAAAUAAAAAGACAAGUGUGGAUUCGAUUUUUUUUAGAAGCCUCAGCAGGGAUGGCAAGAAUACGCCCAAGAGUGGUGCUGAAAGUGGUGAAGAAGUUGCACAAUUGGAAGCGAAAAUGGAGGACCCUCCGCAUGAUGCACACAACCCUGUGGAUGAUAAUAUAAGUCGGGAAGAAUACAACGAACUGAAGAAGAUCAACGAAUUGAAGGAAAAAAUUUUAGAAAAAAUUAAAUCCUGUUAUGAUAACAUGAGCGAAAAUAAUGAAGAGGAGGCAGCCAUCCUGAUGCUGCACGAUAGGAAGGAACGCAACAACAUGGGGAGCUCCAACGGGAUGGAUAAAGGAAGCAAUUGUUAUGCUGAGCAAGGGAAAAAUUACAAUGCUAAGGGGAAGAAAAAAAGAAGCAAAGGUGUCCUCACGAUGGAAACAUUCGAGUCGAUGAAGUCUUUCGAAAAAGAAAUGAAUUUGCUAAAAUCGCACAACGAAAGGUUAAAAAGGAGAAUUGAAAAACUGUAUGGAGAGAAGGAAAGACUAAAAAGCGAUUACGUUAAAAUGGAAAAAAUUAAGGAAAGCCAAGAUAGCCUUUUCCUAGCAACGGAAAAGCAUAUAGAAAAGUUGCACGACCAGUUGGAUAACCUGUCCAGACAGAACGAAAACAUGAAGGGAGAUUUGAAGCAGAAAAGUAUUCAGAUUAUUGCGCUGGAGUCACAAAUAGAUUUAGAUGAUGCGGAUGGGAAGAACAACGAAGGGGAUGACCCUGUAGAUGAAUUUGUACAGCAAAGAAUGUGCAAACCAAACGCAGAUAAGACAACGGAUAAGCUGCCCUUCCUCGACCUGAACAAACAGUUAGACAAUUUCAAGGGACAAAUAAAAGAUAAAAAAAUAAUAAAGGAACAAAUAAACCAGCUGCAAAAACAACUACACGCCUUAAAAGAUGAUAUUAAAAUGAUGGAAUCGCUAAAAAUGGAAAAUGAAAAAUUGAAGAAAUUGUUAAGUAAGAAAAAUUCCAACCUUAGCGAAUAUGAAAAGAGCAUAAAUAGGUUAGAAAAAAAUGUAGGAAUGUUGAACGAUCAGAAUUUUGACUUGCGCAAGGAAAACACAAAUUUGUCUGCAAAUGUGAUGGCCCUAUCACGUUGCGAUGAAACGAUAAAUGAUCUCUCAGAACCAUCGCAAAAGGGAACACGCACAAAUCGAGGGGAAGCACAAAAUAGAGAAGCAAUAACAGAUAGGGAUAACAAAAUAAAGCAUUUAGAAGCACACGUUGAUACGUUGAAACAGCAAAUUUUUGACCUAAAGGAGGAGAUCUUCGACUUGAAGGAGAAGAACGUCCAGCUGAAGAAAUCGGCCAUGGUGUCCAGCAGUGAAGAUAUCCAAACGGUACAAUCCGAGGCGGAGAAAAUAUAUGUGGACAAAAUUAACCUGCUAAAAGGAAAGCUAGAAGAAAGUAAGACCAAAAUUAGCAUGCUUAACGGAUUGCUCAAAACGUCCAACAAUCAAACUACGCAGUUGAAUAAGAAGGUUAGGACGAUACUGAAGGAAAAUAAAGCCUGGCAGAAAAAAUAUGAAAAAUGUCUUACCUAUUUGGAGAGCCUUAAGGCGAAAUACGAUGAGGAGGUUUUAAAAGUGCAGCGAGGGAAGUCCCCCUUCCUUUUGGGUGCACCAAGGGAAGUGAGUACGUCACCUCUGCGUAGUGUAGCAAUCUCGCUCAACGAACCAAGCGGACACGAUCCUCUUAAUGCAGAUGGUCUAAUAGAACAAAAGGGUCGAAUGUCACUCGAAGGGGAAAUUUACCCAACUGGAGAAGCUCCCCUUGAAGAGGAAAAAAAGGGAGAAAUCGACCUUGUUAACAAAGCAGACACGAACGGUGCUUCCCCCGGAAAAAUGCACAGCCACGUGAGAAGAACCUUGAAUCACCAACAUGAGGAGAAAGAAGAUCCAAAUGAGGGUAAGUCCUACAAAGUUUCAAAACUCAACGGUGCAGAAUCGGAUAGGAAUAUUUACCUUCCCUUUGGUGAAAACUCAAAUGCCAGCUUCCAUAUAAUUCACAACGAAAAUAAGGACGUCAGCAUAAAUGACAUUUUCGAAAUUGACAACAUCACGAGAGAUAUCCAUCGUAUGUUCUCCGAUGAGGAGGAGAGUUCUAAUGGGAGGGAGAAGCAGCAUUACGCUGAAAAGGUUAAGAAGGCCGAUGAUAGAGGCACAACGGAUCAGCUGUACUAUCCCCCCUAUGGAAUGCCACAGUUGGCUCAAAGAAACGUUCGUGAAGACACAAUCAGCUUCAGUGAUACACAUGUAGUUAGCGGCACUGAGGAAUCCUAUCUUGUGAAUAACCAUUUAAGAGCAGCAAACAAAACGAACAUUUCACAUCGUGGUGGAUUCACAAACGUAUUAGACCACUCAGCACAGAAGAACGAGAACAAUUUGAGAAGCGUGUUCAGGUAUAAAAUAAACGGUGAGGAGGAAGAUGUGCAGAUAGGAAACUACAAUGGGGGUGAUUACCCACAAAGUCAGCAUAGCACAGCAGGCAGGAUCGCCAAAACGGAGCAAAGCGGAAUAAACGAAUUGAACAACUCAAAAUUUGGCGGGCACCUCAUGGACGACAUUUACACAAAGGCAGAUGCGAAUAAAUCGACGAACAACCAUUUGAAUCCCUUGAGGUAUAACCCGUACGAAUAUAAUAGCGUGUCAGUUGGCACGAAUACAGAUGUGAACAGGUGGGGAAUUCCGAGAGAGGACAGAACGAAUAACAACCCUAACAGGAACGACGGGGAAAGAGCCGAACCAAAGGGAGAGGACGCAAAUGCUCAAAACAAAAAGUCGCAGGCAUGGAUAAUAGACCUCAAAAACAAUGAAGUGUUCCCGUAUAGGAAGUUGCAGAAUACGUUCCUAACGGAUGAGGAGACACACGUCAUUUCACAAGGGGGUCCUACAACUGGUCAAAAGAAGGCCCCAAUUAAAGGUCACGCUCGUCCGAAAAGCGCGAAGAAGAAGGCAAAGGUAGUAAAGCACACUCAGCGGGAAGAAAAAAUAUAUAAUCCAAAUAACCGAAUGAACAGGAGCACAAAUUUUAGGACAUUCCUGCGCGAUCAGAAAUGCACAAAGGGACAGUCCGUCAAAAAGGCGAAGAGUAAAGAAAAGCUACACCUGCUCGUUAAUAACAUCUCUAAGCUAGUUAAGAACAAAAUAAAGGAGGAACUAAACAACAAAAAUAUUUCCAAGGACAUACUAAACUUUGAAAUUACAAAAAUAAAAAAAAAAGCAAAUAGGUCAAAGGAGAGCUUGAAUAAUAAACGGCAGGACACCACCAUCAUUUUGAGCAACGAUUCCAUGUCCCUAUCGUCCGAAACGUUGAAUGGAACGUUAGAAAUGGAAGACGGUUCUAAGAAAAGUAGAAAGUGGCAUAAUGAAAAUGCGACAUCUUCCACUAGCGGAAGAGGCACACGCAUGCACGCAAGCACGAAUUCCACAGGCAGCUCCAUGGAUAUCAAUUUGGGAAGAAUUGAAAUGGAAGGCAGCAGAGAAAUGUGUGAAACGAAUCAUACAAAUGGUGCACAUAGUGAAAAUGCAUCAAGACAGACUAACCAUAAGCACAACGCGAGUGAGUUGUUUACCGGUAAGAAGAACUCCCCCCCGGUGAGCAAAGAAGACUACCUAUAUGACGAUUUACUCUCCACCAAUUUCAUGCUAAAUGACUUAAGCCUUAACAAUGCCACGUGCUUAGGUCCAAAUAUGAUUGGCAUAGAACAAACCUUUCCACCAGAAUUGGCCCUUGUCAACAUGCAAGGGGAAGAAGCUAUCCACUUGAAUAAGCUUCCUAGUACGUACUUAGACAAUAUGAAGUUAUAUCACCACGAGGAUAGAAAUAAGACUUUCCAGUUGGGUUAUAAUGGCUAUAUGGAGAUGAACCCUUCCAAACCGUUGGACUGCAACCAUGCCAAUGAGAAGGCAAAAAUGAAUGAGGUCCCAAUUAAUGGCGAUUUAAAAAUGAACAUGGGGAUGAUUCAUGACGGGGUAAGACGCGACAUGGCAGCACCUGCAUACUAUGGGAUCAACAGAAGCGUCGAAAAUGUGAACACACAGUGGGGUGUAAAUACGAUAAAUGGUGAUUACCAAGGAGUGGGCAAUGUCGCUGUAGGAGGUAUGUAUCCCCCCUGCCCAAAUUACAACAGUGAUAACACCAUUUUCCAAGUUGAGAAGCUGAACAGCUCGUUCCUGUUCGACAUUAACUCGUUGAGGCCAGAAGCGAACCCCCCAUUUUACGAUCACGCCUUUUUAAAUUACAACCAGCUGGAUAGAAGCAGUGCAGGCAUUCCUAACUUUUCUAAUGAGGGAAAGAGUACAGUAGGUGCAAGCCACAAUGGCUUACAGGAUGCAUACCCCAAUUGCAACAAAGCCAUAUCGCAUAGUCAAGCGGAAAGAGGUGAUCAACCCUGCGAAGAGAAAAACAGGAACGACACGAAUGAUAAGAAUGACACUAAUGAUAGGAAUGAGAGCGGAAAGAUAAAGGAAUAUUUGCGGGACAACCAAAAGGGGGGCCUCAAAAAUACCAGGAGAUCCAAAUCGGUGGACGUUAAAAAGGUAGGAGUGAAAAACAGCUUAACUAAUGACCCUCCUUCUGAGAAGCCAAAAAUGAAGACGCAGAUAUUCAACUAUUCUGGAAAUAGAAAAAACGGACUAAGAGAUAUGUCAACAUAUGUCGAUAAAGUUCUUGAGGACAUGAAGUCGCUCAUUCCUUCGAACGUUAGUAGCAUAGUUGAUAAAUCGCCCAGAGGGGGGAAGGUCACUAGUAGUGUGAACGAACUGGUUCCUAUUAAGUGCAAUUCUAAUGGGAAGACGAACCAGAGUAAGAAUCCCAACAUGGGUGAUGAAGAUAAGGUAGGAAUAUUGGGCAAAGAAAAUGAUAAACUGCUGAACUUGCACGAAAAGGGGGACCUUAUUAAGGACAAUUCUGCAGAUGCCAAUUUGGACGGUACAACUAGGAUGUCUAAUUUGAGCCAUACAUCGCAGGAUACGCUUCCAUCCUUUAGCACCAAGGAAGGAGAAAGCGAGAAUUCCCUAAGGAUAUACAACAUGGAAGACAACGGGCAUAUAAGGGGAAUUAACAAAUCGAAUGAUGUGCAAAGGAAUGACUACUUUUUAGAACGGGUAAAUAAUGAGGACGAACUGCUAGGCAAGCACUUCUCCCUCGAUAGAGCGCAAAAAAAAGACACCAUUUUGUUGGAAGAAAAGAAUAGUGAUGAAGGUGCAAAAUUGAAUGCCCAUUUAGGUACCACCAUGGGUGACAUAACCUUUGCCGACAUUGGGGAUCUUCCACUCAACGCAUUUAGCUUGGAUAAUAUGCUAAAAGGAAUCCACUUAAAUAGUUACGCAAAUAACGGAAGCAAUGUCUUAGGAAAUGCCUUAAUUCCCAGUCCUAGUUUUGUGGAAAACGGCUUAAGGUACAAAAACCAUACGGAAGAAAAACAUCAAUUUCAGUCCGAAACGCGCAAGAGCUUAAGUAGCUUCCGAGAAGCUUUAAAAAAACAAGGCAUUCUGGGUUAG